AGAUGCCCGGAGUGGUACGGACACAAGUAUUAAGACCGCUCCGCCUCGCGUUUUUCAGUUUCCAUCUCCACGCCGGGGAAGUAUCCAGGAAAAAACACCCAUCCCCAUCCAAUUUGUCAUGCAAAACAUGCAUAAUUUGCAGCGUUUUUCAUUUUCAUGCAAAAAAUGGAUGCGGAUGGUUUUUUCUUCUCGAUAGGAUGGCUUGAACGCGUAUAAACAGAGGCUGAACGGCUUGAAAGAGGUGUUCGGGGACAAGAGUUGUAUCUCCACUACCCAGGAGGGAGGCGAAGAACACGCCGAAGAGUCGCUGGUGCUCAACCGAGCGUCUGUGACGUCAGCGUCGGGCAGGACUGUAGGUAGAAGUUCUGGUGUGGUCCAGCAAGGGGCACCAGGGAGCUCAAACAACGGCGAGGGUACUCAAACAACUGGCAAUCCGUUGUUUGAAUACGAGCGGUCAUGUGACUAUCGCAGGAAAAAGCGUUAACGUUAACGGAUGAAUUUUUUGUAUAUGCAAACACGCAUGCCUAUGCGUGCCAUUGUCAUUGCCGGAAAAAAUGGAACUUGUAUUCGCCAUUUUUGCGUAGCAUGUAAUGUAGUAGAGAAAAUGAAAAUCAUCAUGUCAUGUCCUUUAGGCUGAAGACCGUUAAUAGCGUUAGCACUUUUCUGUUUGAUACUGACUUCGCGUUUUUCAGUGGGGAUUUCAAUUUCCGCUGUAUGCCGGUUAAUCAAGAUUAUUUGCUGCAGGAGGAUCAUAAUUUUGAAGGAGAAGGACAUCUUGAAGGGCACCAGGAGCACGUGCACGCAAGCGGCCCGGGGAGCGAAAUUCACCAUGCUAGUAAAAACCUCCACCAGGUAGAUCUUCAGGAAGAGGCCCUUUGCGGCUCCGCCGGUAAUUUUUGCUGCUCGAACACCAGUAAUUGCUGCUCCGAAAGCACGUUAUCAAAGGAGACGGUAAGUGACUUCUGUGCGGUAGGCGGAGCUGGAGGUGGAGCCGCAACGACCUCAAGUUCUAUCACAGGAAAUAGUGUUAACGUUAACGGAAUUUGUGAUGCAGAAACGCAUCCCAAAACGUGCCAACCUUUGUCAUGCAUAGCAUGCAUACUAGGCAAAAUUUGUCAUGCAUUUUUGCAAUCUAUGAAAACCGUUAAUGUUGCCACUUUUUCCUGUGAUAAGUUCAGGAUACGUCACAUCGUCGUGUGACGAGGAACAGUCCUCCUCUUUACGACAAUGCACAACUCCCUCUCCCCAUCAUUUGUCAUGUAAAAUACCAAGUCCACCCUUUCCCCUUUUGCGCGGCUUGCAUGACAGAUUCCGGAAGCCGAAACAGCUCUAGAAUCGGUCCCCCUUUUGUCAUGCAAAAGCUGUAUGUAUGCCACGACUUGCGUUGCUGCUAGCUUAUGCCAUUCAACAAAUGAGGGGGAAGGGGAGUUGUGCACUCUCAUAGCCCUCUCUUCAGGAUAACGACAGCAGCUGCAGCUCUCGUUUCACACUGCGGAAUUACAGCACGGCAAAGUUUUUAUCGCAGCCGAGAUUUUCAUCUGUAGC